AUGGCCACCGAAAUCGAGCCCUUCAAGAUUCAAGUCUCAGACUCAGCUCUUGAAUCUCUCAAAGAUAAACUACAGAACGCAACCUUUGCCAAAGAGUCUGAAUUUUCUGAUGACUGGGAGUCCGGUUCCCCUCUGAGUGAGGUGAAGCGACUUGCUGCCUACUGGAGAGAUGGAUUCAACUGGCGCGCUCAGGAAGCCCAGCUGAAUGAGUUGCCUCACUUCACUUCCAAAAUCUCAGUGGACGGCUUCGACGACCUACAGAUCCAUUUCUUGCAUCAGAAAGGGAACAGACCGAAUAGCAUCCCACUUCUGUUUUGCCACGGCUGGCCUGGGAGCUUCCUCGAAGUGGUCAAGCUUCUUCCCCUACUCACAGACCCUGAAGAUGGGCCUUCAUUCCAUGUCGUUGCACCAUCCUUGCCCAACUUUGGCUUUUCAGACGGGGUAUCGAAAAGAGGGUUUGGCAUCCCUCAGUACGCUGAAGCCAUGCACAAGCUUAUGUUGAAUCUGGGUUACGAUAAAUAUGCCACCCAAGGCGGAGAUUGGGGAUACGCCGUCACUCGCUUGAUCGGCGUCCAAUACCCAGAAAGCUGUGUGGCCUCUCACGUCAACUUUGUUCGCGCCUUCGGACCGCCCACUUUCUUCACGGCACCCUGGCAAUUCAUAAAACACGCCCUCCUCCCCUACGCGGAUCAUGAAAAGGCAGGACGCGCUCGAACACAGUGGUUCUUCGAAGAAGGUUUCGGAUACAACCUGGAACAAAGAACGAAACCAUCCACAAUCGGUUUUGCUCUGGCAGACUCACCCGUCGCUCUUUUGGCAUGGAUCUACGAGAAGCUCCAUGACUGGACAGAUAGCUACCCUUGGACCGAUGAUGAAAUCUUGACUUGGGUUUCUGUGUACCAAUUCUCCACGGCAGGACCAGCGGCGAGUGCUCGGAUUUACUAUGAAAGCAAGCACUCGAGCCCUGAGCAGACGGCAAAGGCAGACGCGUAUGUGCCAAACGUCCCUCUUGGACUCUCUUACUUUCCCAAGGAUAUCCUUGUGCCCCCUCAGACAUGGGGACGGACUCUUGGGCCGAUUGUGUAUGAAAAGAUUCACUCAGACGGAGGCCACUUCGCGGCGCACGAAAGGCCACAGGAACUCGCCGAGGAUCUGAGAGAGAUGUUUGGAAAGGGCGGGGGUGCUUUCCACGUGGUGAAGCAGUUCCAGUCAAAACUGUGA